CGCUACCGCGUACACGUUGCGUAAGAAGCGAGCAAUUUUGCCAAUCGGCCUUUUCGAAUCGUCUCGCCUUUUACAAGGCGCACUUUACAGACCCAAAUUUCUGAGAGCAGGAGAGCUCAAAACAGACAACCAAGAUGGUGAACUUCACAAUUGACCAGGUCCGUGUCAUUAUGGACAAAAGGCACAACAUCAGGAACAUGUCUGUCAUUGCCCAUGUGGACCAUGGCAAGUCUACAUUAACAGAUUCCCUUGUCACCAAAGCUGGUAUCAUUGCUCAAGCCAAGGCAGGUGAGAUGAGAUUCACAGACACAAGAAAGGAUGAGCAGGAGCGUUGCAUCACCAUCAAGUCAACUGCUGUUUCUAUGUACUAUGAAUUGAACGAAGAUGACAUGAAAUUCAUCAGCCAAGAGAAACAGGGAAAUGGCUUCUUGAUUAACCUCAUUGAUUCACCAGGACAUGUUGACUUUUCCUCUGAAGUCACUGCUGCUCUUCGUGUCACAGAUGGUGCUCUUGUUGUAGUUGACUGUGUCAGUGGUGUUUGUGUUCAAACUGAGACAGUGUUGCGUCAGGCUAUCUCCGAGCGUAUCAAACCAGUUUUGUUUAUGAACAAAAUGGACCGUGCAUUGUUAGAGCUGCAACUUGAACAGGAAGAUCUCUACCAGACUUUUUCCAGGAUUGUAGAAAGCAUCAAUGUAAUUGUUGCAACUUAUGGGGAUGAUGAGGGACCAAUGGGAACCAUCAGCGUAGACCCAAGUAUUGGAACUGUCGGCUUUGGUUCUGGUCUUCACGGAUGGGCAUUCACAUUAAAACAGUUUGCAGUUAUCUAUGCUGCAAAGUUUAAGAUAGAACCAGCAAAAUUGAUGAGAAGACUUUGGGGUGACAAUUUCUUCAGUCCAACUGAGAAGAAGUGGAAGAAAGAGAGUGCCAGUGGCUAUGUGCGAGGAUUCUGUCAGUUCAUAUUGGAUCCUAUCUACAAGAUGUUUGAUGCAGUAAUGUCACACAAAAAGGAUGUUUACAACAAACUGCUUGAAAAACUCGAAAUCAAAUUGUCAAGUGAAAACAGGGAAAAGGAAGGCAAACCUCUCCUGAAGCUCAUCAUGCAGAAAUGGCUGCCUGCAGGUGAAACUCUUCUGCAGAUGAUCACCAUUCACUUGCCAUCACCAGUGACUGCACAGAAGUAUAGAAUGGAGAUGUUGUAUGAGGGUCCUCUUGAUGAUGAGGCAGCUCUUGGCAUUAAGAACUGCAAUCCUGAUGGUCCUCUCAUGAUGUACAUAUCAAAGAUGGUACCCACUGCUGACAGAGGACGUUUCUUUGCUUUUGGUCGUGUUUUCUCUGGUAAAGUUGCCACUGGCAUGAAAGCGAGAAUCAUGGGUCCAAAUUAUGUUCCAGGAAAGAAGGACGAUCUCUAUCUAAAGAGCAUCCAACGAACAAUCUUGAUGAUGGGAAGAUACACAGAGCCAAUUGAAGAUGUACCAUGUGGUAACAUAUGUGGUCUUGUAGGUGUUGACCAGUAUUUAGUUAAAACAGGAACCAUUUCAACUUUUGAGCAUGCCCACAAUCUUCGUGUUAUGAAGUUCUCAGUAUCUCCAGUUGUGAGAGUAGCUGUUGAGCCAAAAGACCCAUCUCAAUUACCAAAACUGGUAGAAGGUCUAAAGCGUUUGGCAAAGUCAGAUCCUAUGGUGCAGUGUAUCAUUGAAGAAAGUGGAGAACACAUCGUUGCUGGUGCUGGAGAACUGCAUUUGGAAAUCUGUCUCAAAGAUCUUGAAGAAGAUCAUGCAUGCAUACCUUUGAAGAAAUCCGAUCCUGUGGUCUCAUACAGAGAAACAGUAAGUGUAGAAUCAGAUCGAAAAUGUCUUUCCAAGUCGCCAAACAAGCACAACCGUCUUCUAAUGACUGCUGUUCCAUUCCCUGAUGGUUUGGCUGAGGAUAUUGACAAUGGUGAAGUGUACCCAAGACAGGAAUUGAAGGCUCGAGCAAGAUAUCUGGCCGAUAAAUACGAAUAUGAUGCAACUGAAGCUAGGAAAAUCUGGUGUUUUGGGCCAGAAGGAACAGGACCAAAUCUGAUGAUUGAUGCCAGCAAAGGUGUACAGUAUCUAAAUGAAAUCAAGGACAGUGUUGUUGCUGGUUUCCAAUGGGCCACCAAAGAGGGUGUGAUGUGUGAUGAAAACAUGAGGGGUGUUAGAUUCAACAUCCAUGACGUAACUUUGCAUGCUGAUGCCAUCCAUCGUGGUGGAGGACAGAUUAUCCCAACAGCAAGACGAUGUUUGUAUGCUUGUGUGCUGACUGCUCAGCCACGUCUUAUGGAGCCAGUUUAUCUUGUAGAAAUUCAGUGCCCCGAGUCAGCUGUUGGUGGUAUUUAUGGCGUAAUCACAAGGAGGCGAGGUCACGUUUUUGAGGAAGGAAUAGUUGCAGGAACACCCAUGUUUUGGGUCAAGGCUUACUUACCAGUCAAUGAAUCAUUUGGAUUCACUGCAGAUCUCCGAUCCAACACUGGCGGAAAAGCAUUCCCACAAUGCAUUUUUGAUCAUUGGCAAAUGAUGAACGAUGACCCAUUGGAGACCACUACAAAGUCUGGUCAAAUUGUUCUGGUAACACGAAAACGCAAGGGACUGAAAGAAAAUGUUGAGCCAUUGGAUAAGUAUUUGGAUAAGUUAUAAACACCGAGACUUUUACAGUAACUUGGGCAAGAUGCUUCAAUUUGCAAAAAUGAAUAAUUAAUUUAAAACA